UGGGGCGCUGGUGAGCGCACAAAGGCCAGGAGCGCUGGCUGACAGGGUCGGCCUGGAGGGCAGGAGGCCUGGCUGGCAGCGAUCCGGGCUCGUCAAGCAAGCGGGAUCAUGGAGUCUUCCAGGACCUUCAUGAGACAUCUGCCAAUCACACCAGGCUACAGUGGCUUUGUACCCUACCUCGGCUGCCAGCAGGCCACCAGCAAGGACAGCAUGGCCCACUGUCUGAAGAUCUUCCAGGAGAUCACACAACGCUAUAAAAACCAGAUGGAGGAAUUUCGCUGCUCGGUAGCCACUGCCCGGAGGCUGAAGCCCGUCUGCUCCGAGGAGACCGUCCUGCGGGCGCUGCACCAGUAUUACCGGCAAUAUCACCCCCUGUGUCUGGAAUGCAAAAACAUCAAGAAACCCCUCUACGAGCCCCCGAUCCCGGGCUGGGCUGGCUACCUCCCAAGAGCCAGGGUCACCGAAUUAGGCUGUGCCACGCGGUACACUGUCAUGGCCAGAAACUGCUACAGGGACUUCCUGGGCAUCAUGGAGCAGGCCAGGAUGGCACACCUGAAGCCAUUUGAGGAAAUAUAUGGCGACAGGUCCACCCAACCUCCUUCCGUCCCUUCUCCAAAAGUUUUGCAGCAUGAAGGACCACUGCCCAAAUAUCUGGAGUUUUCUGUCGCAGGUGGCAGCUGUCUUGCCCAUGGGAGACCCCUGACAGAGGAACCCAGACCUCCAGUGACAUGUGGCUGUGCCCAAGGGACAAAUAUGUUGUGCAGCGGGAAGAUUUACCUCGAGCCACUGUUCUCAGCAAAGUAUGCGGAAAGCUGAGGCAGACAGCCUGCCAAGGAGAGGUGAACGUAGCAGGGGACUCAGAAACUCAUCACUCUUGCAUGAGAACCAGCCCCUCACCCACACCCAACAGGCCCUAGGAAAAUUUCAAAACCUAAGAAUCCUUUCAACUGCCGCUGGCUCGCUGUCUGUUUGGCAACAGCAUGUCAUUAAUGAUAAAGACCUUUCACUGCGGUGUGGGAAUAAAGAAGCUACUUCUCAGCAUGCUGAACGUUUCUGUGGGGGCUGGGGGUUCCUAGGUUGUGUUGACCUUGAGAAGAGCCGGGGUGAGGCUCAUCUCUUCCUUACCUUGAGGUGACAUUGUGCACCUGGAUCAGGCUCUUAUGGAAGCCCUAGCCCAGCGCACUAACCAACCAACGGUCCCUGUCAGCCAUCUUGGGUCCUGACGUGGUGGCAUGACGGUAUGCCCACCCAACCCUGGUGUUUCAGAAUCCCACUCCUCAGGAGACCCCCGACUGGCGGACAUAAGAUGUAUUUGUUUCACAGCACUGCUGUAACAGUACCUCACACUGGAUGCCGUAAGACAACAGAAGUGUAUUACUUCACGGUUCUGGAAGCCAGAAAUCCAAAUUCAAGGUGUUAAUAAGGCCGCACUUUUUUGGAAACCUCGAGGGAGAAUCCUUCCUUACCUCUUUCUUUCCAGCUCCCAGUGGUUUGCUGGAAAUCCUCAGCCUUCCUUGGUACAUAACUACUAUCCCUAUCUUUAUGGUCCUGUGAUGUCCCCUCUGUGUCUCUGUGUCUUCACAUGGCUGUCGUCUUAUAAGGAUGCCAGUCACCCUGGAUUAGGGCCCACUCUUUUCCAGGAUGAGCGUGUCUAAGCUUAGCUCAUUAUACCUGCAGUGAGCCCCUUUCCAAAGAAAUCCUAGGCUGAGGUACUGGGGGUUAGGACUUCAACCUUGUGCUUUUGGGGACACAGUUCGGCCCAGUGCACUGGCUCAUACUUGUUGCCACUGACAGGCACUCUCUCUGACCUCGCUCGGCAUCCAGCGGCUUCAAAAGACCUCAAAUGCAGCUCGUGAAGCAGCGAGACCAUCGCAGAUCCAAAGGCUCAGUAAUGGGCAGAGCCACAACAGUACAGCAUUCGGGUCCUGGGAGACCUGCCCAGGGCAGAGAAAUCAGAUGCCAAAUCUUUAACUCUAAUGAGUACAAAGGACUUUGAUGAGAAAAAUGUCACCUCUCUGUUUUUACGAACCUCCCAAGUGUGAUUUAGCAUUCCCUUCCCUUAACACAGCAAACCACAGGUAUCCUGUCCUGUUGGCCUAAUAGAAGCCACAGAUCCGUCUGUAUCAUGACGUUUGCUGCGUGCAGUCUCGCAAAAUGUUAGUGUUGAUCGUACUGUAUAACGAUGUAGUUAUUAGAGCGACUGUAUCAACACUCUAACAUAUGGCUAUUCAAUCUGUGCAUAAAGAAGCUCAUGGUUGGGGGGUGCCUGGGAGGCUCAG